UGGUCUUGCAGUCUUCUCAGAGCGCAGGCAAGAGAGCUUCACUCUGAGAGAUGGUGGCGGCAAAGAACUCUCCAGACAACUGUGAGGACUGUCACUUUCUAGAUGGGGAGACACCAAAGUCCAAGAAGAAGAUCUGCAAGACGUUAAAGAUUGGGGGACUGGUCUUCGGUAUCCUGGCUCUUUCCCUCACUCUCAUAUUUUUGGGAGGCAAGCACUUCUGGAACCUCGAACCCCAAAAAAUCUAUGAUGUAGAGCAUACAUUCUUCAGCAAUGGGGAGAAGAAAAAGAUCUUGAUGGAAAUUGAUCCUAUAACCAAAACAGAGAUUUUCCGAAGCGGAAAUGGCAGCGACGAGACAUUGGAAAUCCAUGACUUUAAAAACGGCUACACCGGUAUCUUCUUUGCUGAGCUCCAAAAAUGCUUCCUGAAAACUCAGAUUAAAGUAAUCCCUGAUUUUGAUGAAACUGAGAUGGAAGACGCUGAGAACGAUGAGAUCACAACAACCUACUUUGAGCAAUCUAUGGUCUGGAUUCCGGGAGAAAAGCCUAUUGAAAACAAAGACUUCCUGAAAGGCUCCAAAAUCUUUGAAGUCUGCCAGAAUGUGAGCAUACAUUGGAUCCAUCCCACGCUACUAACAGCUUCUGAAUUUCAGGACUUUGAGGGAGGAAAUGAAAAUGUCCACUUUCUCACAAACCGAAAAAGUGGGAUUGACCUCAAUGAGCAGUGGAUGGACCCAGAAGUAAAGCCUGGGAAGAAACGCCAGAGCCGACAGCUAGCUGAAGAGGAUCUCCCAGUGAACGACUAUGUAAAUUUGGGGGUUAGACCGAAAAUGGAGUCGAAUUUGACCCCAUGCUGGAUGAAAGAGGUUAUUGUUGUAUUUACUGUCGUCGGGGUAACCGCUAUUGCCGCCGGGUGUGUGAGCCUUUACUGGGCUUCUACCCCUACCCGUACUGCUACCAAGGAGGGAGGGUCAUCUGUCGGGUUAUCAUGCCUUGUAACUGGUGGGUGGCGCGCAUGUUGGGGAGGGUCUAGUGCCAAACUUAGGCACCACCCAAGUAAGCCAAUCCAUGAUAUCCAUGUGUAACCCAGUGAAUGUAUGCCUGUGAGGCACUUGGCUACUUGCCCUCAAUGGCCAUUAUGUAGUUACCUUAUUACUAUAAUAUAAAUGCAUGUGUCAUCAAUGACCUGAUUCUUGCCAAACACUCUCCAUGCAUCGGGGCAGAAAGUCCUCCCUGACCACCUUCUCACUCCAAAAUGGUGCAGAUUUGUCUUAACAUGGGCAAGUUCAGCAGAACGUCUGCGGAUAUGUUGGAGCCUGCAACCAGCUGGGGAGAGGAGGGAUGGCAGGCAGGAUUCCCAAAUAUUGCCUUUUAUGAUGCUGUAUAGAGAAUGUGGAAAUGAAAGGCUGAUAAUAAAAUACUACCAUA